GCAGACAUGGCAGCGUCCAUAUCACAGCAGCUCGAGGAUUUGUUAAAUCCUUUACCAAACUUCGUAGAUCCCGAGGACGACCAAGAGGAAGAGACGAAAGCUAAAGUUAUAGAAAAGUUUGACGAAGGUGGUGGUGAUGAUGACGAUGAACUUUUACCUGGCCAUCUGCGGAAGCGCUCUGCUGCAAUUCUUGCUGACGGCGAUCACCGAUAUCGUGGCAAGGCAACAUCCAGAAAAGAUCUACAGAAAGAGUUGGAUGGAUCAGAUGAUGAUGAUGAUGAUGAUGAUGAUGAAAAUGGACUGCUGGACAAGUACAUGGAGUGCAUCAAAGGUGAUGAUGAGGAGGAUGAAGAUGAUGAUGAUGAGGAGGAGGAGGUUGAAAAAGAACAAGAUGUUGAGGAGGAUCUCAGUGGAGAUGAUGACUCACAGAUGUCCAGCUUAGUCUCUAAAAUGAAGUUCACAGACCUUAUGAAACUCACAGAGGGAAUGGAUCAUCUGGGAGAUAGUGAAGAAGAGGAAUCAGCUGCCAAUGAAGGAGAGAGUGAGGAAGGCUCUGAGGAAGAUGAAGAGGAGGAAACAGCCCUAAGGACCUUCUCUAAAGAGAAAGUUGAUGAAGAGGUUGAAAAAGGGAAAGCAGUGAAAAAUCAGCUUGCUCUUUGGGAUCUGAUGCUUGAAAGGCGAAUCAAAAUGCAGAAAGCUCUUGUGAUGGCCAAUCAGCUUCCACCGCCACAGACCUUCCCAGAGUUCAAGAGCAGGGGAGGGGCUGAAUAUGCUGAAGCUUUAAAAACUAGUCAUAAAGCCCUAAAGGCUCUCCAAAGGUCUCUGCUGGACCUCCAAGAUCUGCUGCUCUACCAAAACCCUGAAACCAGAGCCAUCUCUCAGGGAAAGACCUGGGGCACCGGCAGCAGUGCUAAAGAUGAUGAAGAGAUUAACAGUGAGGACGAUAUAGAAAUUGGUGAUGAUGGUCAAGAGGAAGAACAGGAAGCAGUGCGAAGCGGACCCCCCAAAAGAAAACUGGAAAUGGCAGAGUAUCCCAACUUUAUGGCCAAGCGAUUCGCUGCAUUUCUACCUUACCGUGAUGCAACCUUGCAGAAAUGGUACGACAAGACGCGACUCACAACGGGCAAGAGCAAAAAGGGUUUCGGAGCAUUUGAUAGGAAUAUCCUUACACAAGUGGAGCAGGUUUUAAUGGACAAAGAGAGGCUGGUGAGACGUACACAGACACACAGGUCUGAAUACAGAGUUCUGGGGAAGCUGGAGCCCAUCACACCUGAAAUAGACAGCAGCGUCACAGAGGGAGAGGCAGCUGAACUGGCGCUGAAGGCUAAUGUGCACCUUAAAGAUCUGGAUGAGGAGAUUUUCGAUGACGAUGACUUUUACCACCAGCUACUUCGAGAGCUUAUUGAGCGAAAAACAAGUGCGACAGACCCCAAUGAUCAAGUGGCCAUGGGAAAGCAGUGGCUUGCCAUCCAGAAACUACGUAGUAAAAUCAAGAAGAAGGUGGACACCAAAGCUAGCAAAGGCAGGAAGAUCAGGUUUCACAUUCACAGUAAGCUGAUGAAUUUCAUGGCUCCAUUAGACAACAGCAGUAUGAGUGAUGAAGCCCGGUCGGAGCUGUUUCGUUCCCUGUUUGCGAAUGGUCCAGUGAUGGCACACUGA